AUGGUCACCAGGCACACUGCUGUAAUCCCAUCACUGCGGCACCAGGAGGGAUUCCUGCUGCUGCUGCUGCUGCUGCUGCUGUCUCCAAAGAUUUGUGUUUCCACAAAGGAAUCUGAAUAUGGUGUUGAACUUGAGAGCCAGGAAUGCUCCCAAGCUCCAGAGCUCGAGCUGGUUUGGCUGGGACUGAACUUCUAUUUGUUUAUUGAUACCUUCCACUGGUAUGAAGAUGACAAUGCUUACAUUUAUACACGGAUUAUGCUGGGAUCAACCCUGGCUUGGGCAAGAGCUUCUGCAUCGUGCCUUAAUUUUAACUGUAUGCUAAUCCUGUUACCAGUCUGUAGAAACCUUAUUUCAUUCUUAAGAGGAGCAAGCAUUUGCUGUGGAGGAGCACUGAGGAGACAGCUUGACAAAAACAUCACAUUUCACAAGAUGGUUGCCUAUGGAAUAGCGUUAAAUGCAACCAUCCAUAUUGUUGCCCACUCCAUCAACAUUGAGCGGUAUCAUUCCAGCCAGUCAAAAGAAGCUGGGGAGCUACGAAAUAAACUUUCUGGUCUUGGCAAGAGCCCAAAUGAAAGCUACUUGAACCCGAUCAGGACCUAUGAAACAAACACAACAGGACAAGUACUAACCACAAUAGCUGGAAUAACUGGAGUUAUGAUAACCGUGGCUUUAAUUCUGAUCAUGACUUCAUCCACUGAGCUCAUCAGAAGGUCGUGCUAUGAGGUUUUCUGGUACACCCAUCACCUCUUUGUGGUUUUCUUCAUUGGUUUAAUAAUCCAUGGUAUGGGUCAGCUUGUCCGAGGUCAGACACCCCAGAGUCUGCUGCUCCACAAUGUCACUUACUGUAAAGAUCGCUACUGGGAAUGGGAGAACGCCACUCAGUGCCCUUUGCCACAGUUUUCUGGCAACAAACCUGUGGCUUGGAAGUGGGUGUUAAGUCCUGUGGUGUUGUACAUCUGCGAACGAAUUGUUAGAUUUUGGAGAUUUCAACAGGAAGUCAUCAUUACUAAGGUGGUGACACAUUCCUCUGGAGUCCUUGAGCUCCACAUGAAGAAACAUGGCUUUAAAAUGGGAGCUGGCCAAUAUAUAUUUCUACAGUGCCCAUCUGUCUCACAGCUAGAGUGGCACCCUUUCACCCUCACCUCAGCUCCCGAGGAAGACUACUUCAGCGUCCACAUACGGGUCAUCGGGGAUUGGACUGCAGCCCUUUUCAAGGCCUUUGGAGCAGAGGAAAAAGCUUUCAAGGAAUUGUGGAUGUUACCAAGACUGGCUGUGGACGGACCAUAUGGAUCUGCAACCACAGACAUCUUCCACUACCCAGUCAGUGUGUGCAUUGCGGCAGGAAUCGGAGUCACACCAUUUGCCUCUAUUUUAAAAUCCAUUUGGUACAAGUGCUGCAAUCCUGACACAGUACUGGCACUGCAGAAGGUUUAUUUUUACUGGAUUUGUCGAGACCCAUCAGCAUUUGAGUGGUUUGCUGAUCUUCUGUUCCAUUUGGAAACAAAAAUGGCUGAAAAAUGGAAAAAUGAUUUUCUAAGCUAUCAUAUAUUUCUUACUGGCUGGGAUGAAAGUCAGGCUACUCACAUAGCCCUACAUUUUGAUGACAAGAUGGAUAUAAUUACUGGUUUGAGACAGAAAACCUGUUAUGGAAGGCCAAACUGGGACAAUGAAUUCAAGCAACUAGCUGAAAACCAUCCUAGCAACAGCAUUGGUGUAUUCUUCUGUGGACCCAAGGCUCUCUCUAAGAUCCUGCAGAAGACAUGCAACUCAUAUUCAUCAGUUGAUCCAAGAGGAGUUCAGUUUCACUAUAACAAAGAAAGUUUCUAGACUGUACUUCUUAACUGUAUAAGAGAUAUUACCAGAUUGUGUAUUUUUUCCCUCCACCUCAUAUCCUCUGCAUCAGGCCAGAUAUUAAGAGGUAUAAAUUAAAAUAGGUGUAUUGACUUCAGUAGAAAAAUGCCAUCCCAUGCCAGCUAAAGAUCUGGACCCUUUCCUUUGCCUUUUCAUUGCUUACUUAAUGAUGCUGUAAAUAUCUCUACACCUGUGUGAAAACAUACACAAACCAUAACCUUUGAAGAAAAAGGCACGAGUAAAAUGGACAUUUAGAGCUGUACUUUGAUGUUUUGUAUGAUUGCAGGCAAUACAUUCCUGCUGUUUAAAUCAUGCCCAUGAAAGCAUUUCCUUCCUGGUUUUCUGAUUUUACACUCCCACUGCACACACAUCCACAUCCACAUUACCUUUUGUUCCACAGCAAUACUAUUUCUAUACACUCUGUCAAAUUCCAAAGAAGCAAAUUUGUUUUGCCCUACCAAGCUCUGCACCAUUUAAACCUGACGUUUCCAUGGGAAUGGUGUCUGUGUGUCCCAUGGACUAAUAUGUACUUAGGUUUAAUAGGCUAAGGGAACUCCAGAAAUUUUUGCACUCAGCAAAUGGAUCUCAUGAGACAUGCAACUGCAACUGUGGAAAAAAGCUUCAUGACAGAGUCAUUGAGGUGGGAAGGCACUACUGGCUUCUACUCCAAACCUCUUGCUCAGAGCUGAUUGUGUGAAGAGGAGCAACAUCAGCAUUCUUUCAUUCCUCAGGAACCCUCCUUUAACUAUUCAAAAAUAUAGAAUAGCAAAUUCCCUCAGCACUUGUGGAUGCAUCCCAUCAGUUUCCAUGGACUUGUUUAAAAUAUACCUAAACCUGAUCUUUCUUCACUGAAGGUAUGCAUGAUUUUUUUCAGAUCUUCCCACUUGCCUGAGAAGCCAGGGAUCUCCAAGUGUCAGCCUUAUGUGUAAAGACUGAGGCAGAACAGAAAUUGAGUACCUCUACCUUUCUCCAUUGCCUUGGAUGCCAAGCUUCCCACCCCAUUCAGCAGCAAAUCAACAUUUUCCUAGCUUUCCUUUUGCUACUGAUGCAUGCACAGCAGCUCUUCUUGCCCAUCACUUCCCUCACCAGAUUUAACUCCCAAUGGGCUUUGGCUUUCCUGACCCCAUCCCUGCACACUCACUGUCCCUAUAUUCCCUGCAUCAUCUGUCCUUGCAUCCACCUCUUGUAGCCUCCUUUUGUGCUUCAAUUCUGUCAGGAGAAUUUGUUCAACCAUAUGGAUCUCCUACUACCUUUGACUGGCUUAGUCCACAGCAAGAGGGAUCAUAUUUGAACCUAGGGCAGGUGAUUCUUAAAAAUCCUCCAUUUCCCCUGGACCCCUCUUCUCUCUAGGACCACGCUGCAUGGGAAACUUCCAGGCAUUGAAUUCCUCCUGUGUCCUCUCCAUGCCUUGUGUAUUAGCAUACAUGCAGUUCAGAAAGGCAUCCAGUCAUGUGAGUUUUCCUAAAGAGAUGUUAGAGCUUUCCCCACCCUGCUUUUCUGCACAUUCUAGUUUGUGUGGAUACCUUGGAGUAGGCCCCCUUCUGCCCUGUUUUUUUGAUGGUGACAUCUCUCCUGUUCACAUCAUCCUGUACACUUCAUUUGUUGCUACAGUCCACCACCUCCUCAUUUGAUUGUUGGUCAUCCACUCAUCACCAUCACACAACAUUUCCAUAAGCUACAAAAGGGAGAAAAAAAUAAUUCCCUCUAUCCCAGCACAGAGAGUAAAAACACCCCAUAUUUGAGUUGGACUGAGGUGUAACAGUUUUCUAGGAUCACAUAAUGGAUUUAUCCAGCCACAUGAUAAAAAUGAGAGAUAGGAAACAUCCUGUGUAUGUCAGCAUUUGAAUGACAAACAGAUGACAACACUAUAUAUGUAUCCUCACUCACAGACAAAAAAUGCUCUCUAGAGGGGACAUAACUGUAUAGACAAAAUAAACAGAACAAUAAAAAAUUAUGACAGAGAAGACUCCAAUGUUAUUUUAUACAUCUUCUACUAGGGGAUAUGGUAUGUGUGAACUGAAAUUGUUCCACAAUAUACAGCUGUAUUAUUGUUAAG